AUGUUGCCGGCCGCAUCAUCAUCUACUGUGUGCUGUAUUUGUGGAAAGAAUAACAAUGAAACGGUGUUUAAACGAAAUUUUAAAGUAAAAGCAGAAAAUUUGGACUUGUACAGAGCCGCUUUGCCAGCAUUUGCAAAGACAGCAACCGUCGGAACCACUUGUGAAUCGUGCUAUAAAGCUUAUUAUGCCUAUAGAAGGACCCUAAAGACACCAGUAAAGCGAAGUAAAGCCGUUCUUGAGAGUGAUGAUGAAGACGUAAACAAUUCAAAAAAUUCAAAAAAGAAAUCAACUACAACGAAAAAGGGACGACAACCAUCACCAUCCAAUGAUUCUGAUGCUGAGUCGAAUUCUUCCAAUAAUAAUUGUCAUGCUUCAUCAUCGGAAGAACCAGUUGGGAUGUGUGGAAAAGGAGUUCAAAAAGUGAAUUUGGAUUUUAAUUUUGAUGAGACAACGACAACAGCAGCAGAAAAAGCACGAAGUGUUCAACAAUGGCUUGACAUGAAAGACACAAAUUUCAAACCAGUUACAACUCUAGAUUUUUCAGAUGUAAAUGAAGAAAUUAUAGAUUUUUAUCUCUACAAACUAGGACAGCCAAUAAUCCUCACAAACUCUCUUGAAGCAUUGGCUAAGGGCUUUUUGGAAAAAAACAAUGCACAAAUUACAUCCAGUAAUUUAGAGAAAAGUAAGCUCAAACAAGCUGAAUUAUUUCACCUUAAUUAUUUGAGAGACAUUGUGGGAGAUUUAAAAGUUUAUCCUAGAGACAACACCACUUUUGUUGAUGAAGAAAUGACAAUGAAACAAUACAUUAAUUUUAUUCAGAAAGAUAACGAUAUUAGAGCCCCAAACAGAAGGCUGCUCUAUGGAAAGGAUAUAACAUGCCCUAAACAAUGGAAGAGUUACUUAUUUGACAAUCCAAAAUUUCCAGACAAGCUAAAGUACAAAGGCCCAAAAGAUAUUCUAGCAAACACCAACAAAGAUAUUUGGUCAAUCACACUCAUGAUAUAUGUUGGAAAUAGUGAAACGUUCACACCAGCCCACAAAGACGUCUGUGGUGCUUUAGGGCACAACCUGAUGGUCUAUUCAGACAAUGAUAGAACUCACGCCAUUUGGUGUAUCAUGAAAUAUGAGGACUUGGAACAAAUUAGAACUUUCUUUCAGAAAAAUGGAGCGUUUCUCGAUGAUGACAAUUGUUUUUUACCUCUCCAUCUCUUAUCUAAAGCUCCAUUCACUGUAUAUUUGUUUGAGCAGAAACUUGGUGAUUUAGUUUUAUUACCACCAAGCGCUCCUCAUCAGGUGUUAAACAUGGGAGGAAAAAGUAUUAAGGUCGCCUGGAAUACAUUGUCAUGUCUUGCACUACCUUAUUCUUACGAAAUACUUGACGAAUAUAGAAAGUUUGGAAAGAAUCAAGUUUAUAGAAUCAAAGCUGUAGCAUAUUAUUCCAUGCUAAAGUAUUCGGAAAAGGCCCAAUCCUUCAAAAAGCUUGAGGAAAUUGGAUCUACUGAGAAUGAGCGAAAAAGAUUUUCAGAUGACAUGCUUAUACUACUUCGAAUUUUUGACGACAUUCUGUUUGAAGAAUCUAUUGAAUCUGAAGUUUUUGAUGAAGAGAUACAUGUGUCAAAACUCCCAGAGAUAGAAAGAAUGCAUUCCAGAUAUUGUGAUCAUUGCAAAUGUGACAUAUUCAAUAGAUGCUUUCAAGUUGAAAAAACAAAACUACACCACGGUUAUGACUUGUGCACCAACUGUGUUGCUGAGGGAAGAGGAUCUUUAUUUGGAGACAAAAUGAAGCUCAUGGAGCACAUUGGCUUCUCUGAGUUGAGCUCCAACUUUGAAAAAGCAAAGAAGGCCUAUUUGAAUGUUCAAAAAUUGUUGAAAACAGAAAAUAUUACAACAUUAGAUGACGUAAAUAAUUUAAUUUGCAUCAACGGAGAUUCCACUAAGACCACAUCGAUCACUACUAUUGCAUGGAACAACAUGUAUUACUCAAAACAUCAUGUGGAGUUUCCUGAAUACUUACUUUGCCACCAAUGCGACGAUAGCAAACCAAAAUAUUGCUCGAAAACAUGUUCAAAUUGCCAUCAAUCUUAUUGUAAUCAAUGUCUAUGGGAUAGAUAUACCAUUACUCUUUGUGAAUGCAGUAGAAUCAAAAAUUGGACAUGUCCUCAAUGCAAUAACGUUUGCAAUUGUACCGAAUGUCUCAAACAACGAGAUAUUGACACUCUUAGUUACUCUACGAAUAUUCUUUCACGAAUGGACGAAAUUAAGGACGUGCUUCCCUUUUCAGUACUAGAUGUGAGCGGUAAUGAAAGCUCCACAAGAAUUUUGGAUGGAAUUUGCGAUUUUCCACCACAACCUGUUAAGCAUUUGACUGAAGUCAAACAUGCAACAAGAAUUUUAAAUAGUAUUGUCAAUAAUUGUCCACCCAAUGAAGACACCAACAUCAAAACACCCAAAAAGAGGAAACUCCUAAUCAUCAAUAAGAAUCCUGACCACAAGGAAGUCAAAAUUAUGCACAACUAUUUCCAUCAUCAAAAAGUUUCAGUUUGUGGAAACUGUCGACGAUCCAUAGCAACUGGUAUCUUGUUUCAAUCAAAAUCAGACAAGUCGAAAUUUUACUGCUCCCACUGCACUAUGAAGAAUGCUGUUGACAAAGCCAAUCUAAUACCACAUGACUAUCUAUGCGACGUGUGUAAGAAUACCAUUAUUGGUGUUAGAUUUCACCAUGUCCCAACUGGACAUGAUUUAUGCCAACAAUGCUACAUUUCCAACUCGUUUACCAAUGAAAUUCGAGAGUACAUGCAGAAUUGCUCUGAAGAUGGAACUCUAUCUCGCAGAACAUUUGAGUGUAUCAUUCCACCUUAUGAAGAUUUGAUCAUGCCCAAUGAGUCCUUAACACCUUCAUCCAAGAAAUAA